GCUAGUUAAGAACAGUGACAUCUCACCAAAAGACUCUCGUCAAUCCGCUAGUUAUUAGCUUGAUGCCACUAAUCUUGUUCCUGCUGCAUGCCAACCUGUCUUGACGGCCCCUCUCGCUGCCACGUUUUAAGCAUCCAAACUGCGGUCAUAUGGCCAUUUUUGAUCGGUUGAUCCUAGCUAAGUCGUAGAUAAUUAAAUCGGAUUAGCAUUAGAUAAUCAAGCAAGCUGCUCCUAACCCCUUACACAGCACACUAAUCAUUUGCUUGUCUUCUUCCCUGCACUACCAACCAAUAUGCAACUUGUGCCUCCUGCAUAUAGACCAUCUCCUCCAUUGCUUCUUCAUCACCAUCUCAUUCUCAUUCUCUUCUCUCUCUAGUUCUCAUGGGGAUCACGCCGUCGUGCAUACCGCUGGCUCCGGUGGCGGGCGGCUCGUCGUCGACGGCGUGCAAGAUCAUCCACGUCGAUGGCACGGUGACGCGGCUCGCGCGGCCGGUGAGGGCGUCGGAACUGAUGGUGGACUACCCGGGGCAGUUCGUGUGCGACUCCGGCCGCCUCGCCGUCGGCUGCCGGGUGCCCGGCGUGGCGGCGGACGAGCUCCUCGAGCCGCGGCGCGCCUACUUCCUGCUGCCCAUGGACAUGCUCUACUCCGUGCUCACCGACGAGGAGAUGGCCGCGCUCUCCAGCUUCCACGCCGCCACCGCGGCCUCCUCGUCGUGGAAGAGGAUCGCCACCGGCGGCGGUCGCCGCCGCGAUGGGAGCCACGGUGGCCGGAUCAGCGAGCCGACGGAUCACGAAGGCGACGACGGAAGCGACGAUGGCGCCAGGUUCUUUCCGGUGCUCAGCCUGCAGCUCCACGCCGCGCCGGACGCCGCCGCCGCCGCCGCCGCCGGAGUCAAGCCGAGCGGCGGCGGCGGCGGCGUGAGGCGGCACCGGUCGUGGCAUCCGAGGCUGGAGGCCAUCGACGAGGUGCCGUGCACCGGCGGUUGAUCGCCGGAGACGUAAGCGGAUUGCUUUUGCUAGUGUUAGGCAGCUAGCUUGAGCUGGCUCUCGAGUGUACAUUAGCUAGCUCUAGCUAUUUUUUUCCCUUAUCUUUUUCUUCUUCUUUUUUCCUUUUAUUUUUUUUCUUCUGUAAAGUUCAAUUUUUUUGGCCUAUAAUUGUUUGGGAUUUUGUCACCAGAAAGCAAAAUGCCCUGGGUAUGUGUUCCCCAAAAUCUACUUCUCAAUUUUGAUAAAUACGCCAAUGACACUGCUUUUUUUUCAGCAUUUUUUAGAGAAAUAUGCAAGAUGUCGCCCCCACAAAAAGAAAGAAGAAAGAGAAUGAUCCUUAAAUGUGAUUGAUUGCGUCAUGAGUGGGGUACUAUACUAUAACAACUUGAGCUGAGCAGCCGGCACACAGGCUGUAGAGAACAAGGUGAUAUGCUGUAUAUGAAGAGGGAGUUGGAGCUGUAUGCUACUCUGCACCUGCAGGAUACUCACAGAUAAUCUCUGUGUGUGACCGGGCAUCAGCUGUACAUAGGAGCAACUUGCAGGGAAAACAACAAAGGGAGGGAGCAAGUUUCAAGGGCCCCUUUUAUUUGCAUGCACCACACCAUGUUUCUUUCAAGCAAACAAUGAGAUAUCAUUAGAUAUGCCAGUGCAUUGUAUACUAGCUCUCUGUGAUCAUGUAGAAAAAAAUCAGAGCUAAUUAAUUAGUAUUAGAAUUUUCAGUCAA